AUGGCUAGCUGCAUACUAGGUCUGGCAAUCGCCACGUCUUUCCCCCAUUCCAACUACGCCGCGCAGAUCAUCAGUGUUCUCUUCAUCUUCCUUUUCAUUCCAAUUGGAUUCCUUGGUGCCAACUUCUUCUACUGCACAGAGGUGGCACCUACCCGUCUCCGCGUCGCCAUGUCAAGUAUAUCUACCGCAAAUCACUGGCUUCGGAACGUUGUGGUCGCCAUGAUCACGCCGACCAUGGGACAUUCGCUAGAGGAGAUUGAUCUCAUCUUCCGCGAGAGUCCGUCGGUAUGA